AUGACUGCAUCUAUAGUCAUAGUAUUAACUCAAGGAUUAUUAAAUGCAUGCAAAAAGUUGCAUACAGUGGAAUUUAAUGAAAGGACACUGAUGAUUAUCAAACAACUAUCAGAUAACAUGGAAAAUCGAGACGCAUGGAAAAAUGUUGAUAAAAAAAGAUCGAAUCAACUGGAUGAACAAAAUCAAGACCAACCUGAUUAUAUAAGUAUAGACACCCCAUCCACAUCAAAUAGCCCAUCGAUUUGGGAAACUAUUGACACGAGCAUAGCCAAAUUAAUACCUUCAGGUACAUCUAAGUCGCGUGCAAUAAUUGAGGUACAAAGGUACCUAGAAGAUGGUAUGCUAAAAAGAAAUUUGGAUCCGCUUAAAUGGUGGCAAGAACAUAAGUAUAACUAUCCAUACUUACAUAUUUUGGCUAAGCAAACUUUAUGUUGCCUUGGUACUUCAGUUCCUUGUGAACGUAUUUUUUCGAAAGCAGGACUUAUUUUGAACGAUCGGCGUUGUCGACUUAAAAGUGAAAAAGUAGAAAUGUUGUUGUUUUUAAAUUAUAAUUCAACAUGA